AUGGUCGAUAAAUCAAAGCCUCCAAAUGAUGCUUCUGAGUGGUCCAUUUCUGCUUCUUUCAUUCUGGAAAAAGACGAUAAUGAUGAAGAAGAAGUAGUUCCAAAUGAUACCAAUGGAAAUUAUGAUGAAUUGUAUGAUGAUUACAAUAAAUCCCAGAAUGAAACCAACAAUAAUAGUAAAGAAUAUGACAAUUCUGGCAAUGCAAAUGAUAUUUUCGAUAAAUAG